AUGCUUGCGCCUGCUGUCCCAGAGAUCGUUGAAGAAGAGAUAGAAACCGCCAUCGAAUAUCGAAAUGAAGCUCUCCAGGUCAUUCGCGAACUUGGACCGCCAGAUCUUGUUCAUCUAGUCAAACAAUCCAAAUCUGGCGGUCGUCAGAGCGGAGUCUAUCAUCAUGUCACAGGUGCCGACGCUUCAUCUUCCGCCAGUCUUGCUGCUUACGUCAACACCCUUGUCUAUACGCCCAUGGACAAAACCCACAAGGUGGUGUCAGGGCUCUACUGCUGCUACAAUGCCUUCUCACAUGUGGACAUGCGAGUAGAUGUGAAGAUUCCAGGGAGCGUGGAGGCCUACUGCAUAGACGAUCGAGGAGAUAAAAGAGUAACAUCGGAAGCUCUAUGGUUGGAAACGUUUCUCUGCGCCGUAUUGCGAGCAUAUUCCUAUGCGGAUGAUGGGAGUGGAGACAAUAUCAAGAAAAUCAUCGGCGUGAGGAGAUUUGACCCUAUCACCAGCACUGAGAUGGAGCAUAAAUUUCUUGACGCUGCAGAGCGACUUUUUUUCAAAGGGCCUCAGCUUGGGUCUGAUCCUGAAGUGCAAGUUCCAAGUAUAGUGUCCAACCAUCUCACAACCGGCCUUCUCGACUAUAUACAUACGACAGGACGCUACACGUCAGGCAUAAAUCUUUUUGAGAAGCUGCGGACAAAAGAAAUAGAGGUCUCAUCGCUCCUUGCGAAAGUCCUCAUGGCGGCAGAUGAAGAGGUCCAAGCAAUCAAACUGCUUCAUGACUCGAUCAAUGAGUUACCAAUGGAGUAUUCGUUGCUAGACUGCCAAUCUGCAUUUUGUCAGGGCAAAGGACGGCUAGAUUGGGCCCUCGAUUGCGCCAAACGAAGUGUAACGGCCGCUCCCAGCGAAUUUGGCACAUGGGCGAGGCUGGCCGAAGUAUAUCUUGGCCUUGAGCAAUGGGAUUUAGCCCUUCUCACGCUGAACUCGUGUCCGAUGUUUACAUAUCAAGACAAGGAUGCACCAAGAAUGCCAGAGCCAGCGAGAGUGCUUCUCCCCGUCUUGCCAGAAAGUAUGUUGGAUGAAAUUGAUGAAUCAUCACAAGCAUACGAUAGCGAAAUGAUAAAUCCAUCACUACGGAGGCUUCAUGCCGCCAAUUACAAAGGUACAUUCUUGAAGGCCUAUAGCUUACUCACAGAAGUCACAUCAAAGAUUGGCUGGGAUCAGCUGCUGAAGAUAAGAAGUCACGUGUUUGUUAUGGAGGAGGAAUAUCGAAGCGAGAAACAGACUGCAAACCCCCAGCCAACGACAAGUCAAAAUCCAAGCACUGUAGCAUUGCAUUCUCCUAGUCCAAAGCUGAACGGUGCAACGCCAGAAGACCUGAAAGUUGAUGGUGAGUCGACGGAGAGUGAAGGACGAGAGACGCUUGAGCCAUUCACCCCAUCAACCGUUGGUGAAGUACCGACCAGUCCCAACAAUGCAACAGAAGUAUCCGAGCAAUCAUUGGAAAAACCGAAUCACACGAUAACUUCCGAGCAAGUCAAGUCAGGAAAUGAAGAUAAUACGCAGCCUCAGAAUCAGUACGCACAAUUUCGUCACAAACGACUUUGUGAGAGAUGGCUUGACAACCUCUUUAUGGUCUUGUACGAAGAUCUACGGAUAUAUACGAUAUGGAGGACGGAGAUGGCUCGAGCUAAAAGUGAAGAAGGCGGGAAUUACCAGAGAUCAGCAGAGGAGUGGGAGAUACUGGGCGAGUUGGCAGAGAGACUCCACCAUUUCCCGGAAGCCGUGGAGGCAUAUCAGAAUUGUUUGAGAGUCAGAUUCAGUCCAAAGGCCAUGAAAGCCGUCCUCAAACUGUGUGAAGCACAAGGGAAAGUUCACGAAGUAUUGCAGAGUCUGAUCAGGCUGAUCGCCUGGCAAUACCGUUGGUAUUCUGAGUUCUCCCCAGCACUUCUUCGGACUGUUCGCAAUCUCAUCGAGAGCGAAGGUGCGGUAAAGGUCCGAAGCAUUGUCCAAGCCACAAGCCUACCUCAACCGGUUCUGGAUCUGACUCACAGAUAUGUCGAGCUUUGUGCCACCUUCAGAUCAAAUGGUAGUGAUGGCUAA